AUGGAGGGACGCUACGUUCUUGAGCUACGUGAUCGUGAUCCGGCUACCGUCGAGGACCUGGUGUUAGAUGGCUGUGAAAGUGCUGAAAUUGAAGGACUCAGCGAUAAACUAGUAAAACUACAGAGUCUUAGCAUGGUUCAUGUCGGUUUACAAAGUCUGAAAAAUUUGCCGAAACUUCCUAUGUUGAGUAAGUUGGACAUUUCUGAUAACAACAUCGCUGGUGGUCUACAGCAUGUAGCUGAUAACUGCCCUGAGCUUCUUCACCUCAACCUUGCUUCGAACAAGAUCGAGAAAAUCGAGGAAUUGGAGCCACUAAAGAAAAUGAAAUUAGCUGAGCUCGACCUGUUCAACAACCCCGUCACAGCAGGAGGAGAUGGCGAGUACAGGUCUAAGGUUUUCGAAAUGAUUCCAUCACUGCAAAUUCUUGAUGGCGCGGAUGUUAAUGGUGAAGACGUGGAUGAUUCACUUGAUGGGGAGGUUGGAGAUGAAUCAGGUUCGGAUCUCGAUGGGCCUGGCCUAAGCUAUCUGGAUAACAGUCAGCUGGUGACUGAUGAAGCGGAUGAAGAGACGGCAAAGAGAGGAUUGAAGAGGCGUAAUGAAGAGACAAAUGGAGAUGAAUCGGGCACGAAAAAGAAGGCUGACGAAUAA